AUGAGUGCAAAAUUAAAUACGUUCUUUUUAUUAUUACUGCAAGCAACGCUUAUUUUAUCUGAAUUGCCACCGAUCCAGAAAUGCUCCCUGGGUGACUCAGACUGUCUUCAAAAGUCUGCGCAAAAUGUAGUUUCAGUGUUCUCCGGAGGUAUUCCAGAAUUGAGUGUAGAACCCUUGGAACCUGUUCAUAUUGACAUUAUCAAUAUUGAUCUCUCAGGGUUGAAAUUGACUGUCAAAGAUGCAGAAAUUAAGGGAUUGUCAAAAUCAACAAUUGAUAAAGUGCAAUUCGACAGUUCCAAAAAAGUGAUGCAGUUUGCCUUCAAUGUCCCCAUUGUCUUGAAAGGCAAAUACAAAGCAAGUGGUAAAUUGCUGAUCCUCCCUAUCAGCGGUGAUGGAGAUAUUACUCUUAAAAUUAAAAAAAUCGAGAUAUUUUUGACCAUGGUGUACGAAAUUAUAAAAAACGAAAAUGGAAAAGAUGUUAUUGACCUCAAGAGUUACAAAUUCACCUACGAGAACAGAGUGAACACCCAUUUCAAAUUAACGAAUCUUUUUAAUGGAAACAAAGUACUGAGUGACGCGAUGCACUCCUUCAUGAAUGACCAAUGGGCUGCGAUAACUCAAGAAUUCGGUAUUCCCAUGUUGGAGAAACCCGUUAAGAAAAUUUUCAACGCCAUCAAAACAUACCUGCGUUCACAACCGCUGGAAGAAAUUGCCAUUAUUUAA